AAAACUAUGUAAAGUUUGGUCAUUAUCAAAUUUUUCUUACAUUUUAAGAUUUGCAAAGGAAGAAUUAAAAACAAAUAAAAAGAAAAGGCCCCUAACUUCUUCUGUAUCAGCUAGCUGUGGACUGUUGUUGUAAGAAAUGGCAAGAAUUGCAAGAACUUGCAUCCAGUCGUUCCUGAAAGCUGUGAAUUUGGUAAUGGGAAUGGUUGGUAUUGCCAUGAUCCUUUAUGGUUUAUGGAUGAUCAGAGUCUGGCAAAGAGACAUGGAAGAUUCAUCCUUUGAGGAUUUCAACUCUACUGCUCCAUGGUUUAUAUACACAUUUCUUGGGAUUGGUGUCUCCUUUUGCCUUAUAGCAGGCCUUGGUCAUAUUGCUGCUGAUAGUGCAAAUGGAUUCUGCCUUUCUUGUUAUAUGGUGGUUAUCCUUUUGCUUCUGCUUUUGGAGAGUGCUAUGGCAGCUGAUAUUCUGCUAAAUUCUGACUGGGAGAAGCAGGACUUACCUGCUGAUCCAACGGGGAGGUUCCAUGAUUUCAAAGAAUUCGUCAAGUCGAACUUCGAUAUCUUCAAAUGGAUAGGCUUUUCGAUCAUCUUAGCACAGGGAUCUUCUACACUAUUAGCAAUGGCUUUAAGAGGUCUGAGAUCAAACCGAAGCUCCAACUGUGAUAGUGAUGAUGAGUAUCCUCCACCCAGGCUUCCACUCCUAAAUCAUCAAGUUCAAGCGCCUGCAUUUGUCAUCGGCGAUCCCCACUUUCCUGCGAAGAAUGACACUGUUAAACCCCCCACAUAUCCGUGGAAUGUAAACAAGUGAAGGGAGUAGCAAACUGGGGAUGAGAGAUUGUGAGAAAUGCAACCAUGAUUGCAAAUUUUGGUUUCAAGGCAAAACUUGACAAUGAGAUAAAUAAUAGAUAUUGCCUGGAGCUACUGGACUAUGAUUUAAACAAAUGCUAACAGUUUUAAUAUGUGCCUUGUGUUGUGUAAUUGUACUUUUAAGUUUCCUUUUGUAUUUGCAAUUUUGGAGUAAUCACAUUUACUUGUUAAGAU